GGUAGCAUGACCACAACGCAUGGCGUAAAAAUCGCCUUUGCGAGUGGUAUCUUAGAUUCUACUAUAAAUAAUCCUCCUUCAGAUGCAGAUAUACUUCUCACAUUUGAAUGGCCCAAGGAUAUCACCCGUUUAUCUUCGCAGAAGUUUACUAAUGUAUCGGGGUCAACAUACGUGACACAAUUAGUGGAAAAA